UUGUCAGCAGUCGUAGAGACAGGUCGUUGUGAAUUUUUUUGAAACAAAUUUUUGCGUGUCCAAUGUGAUGUUUAUUGUGUAAUUGAAUUAUAGUUUAAUAAGUGUUAUGCACGCCAUGAGUGAUCCAGCUGCUUUGGCAGGAAUGUUACCAUUCGAUUCAAUAGGAUUAUACGAGCAGCCGAAACCUCGGUUUAUUUUCAAGAUGCCCCGUGUUGUUCCGGACCAAAAAGCUAAAUUUGAAUCUGAUGAUUUGUUUAAAAGGCUGAGUAGGGAAAGUGAGGUGCGUUACACAGGCUAUCGCGACCGUCCGCCAGAGGAAAGGCAGAUGCGGUUCACAAGCGGCUGCAGAGAGGGUCAUACAGAAAUCGCUUUCACCGCUACUGGAACUAACCUUCAGCUCGUCUUCGAUCACUCACCGUAUAACAAUCGCGGAUGUGACUUUCAGAAAGAGACUGGCAAGGCUCAUAUUGUAUCCCGAUUUAUAAUGAAUGGAGUCUGCGUGAGAUGGCGGGGCUGGAUCGAUUUGGAACGUCUAGACGGCGCUGGUUGCCUCGAACUUGAUGAGGAACGCGCUGCUAUUGAGGAUGCCGCUUUACGUGAUCAAAUUGAACGGUACAACCAGAGACUAAGAGAUUUUGAGGAUAAACAGCGAGCUUACCGCGAACACGGUGAAGAGUUAAGGGCACAUUCGCAAGUUCAUGCUCAACGUUGCCACCAAGCUCGCCAACCUCCUCACCCGGCUCAUCCCGCUCACCCACAUGCAGCACAUCCUGUCCACAUCAAACCGCACUCUCAAGGUGCUUUGAUAUCGUAAAUAUUAUUUUUAUUGUGUCACAAUGAAUUCGGAUUUUUUGGUCUAUAAGACGCACAGGACGACAAGAGGCACUUUAAAUUUAUGUCAUGAUUUUUAGAAAAUAUGUUUUAAUGUUACUUUCGGAAUGUAUUUUUUUUAUUGUUAACACAUCUCUUUCUAGCAAUAUUCAGUUGAUCUUAAUCUUUUCAGUAC